UUUUUGUUUUCAUUUUUUUUCGUUUCUUUCUCUUUUUUCUCUCAGCCGGUUCCUACUAAUCAAUCCCCAUUGACUUUAUCCCACUAACUCCACCAGAGUGUCUUUCAGGAAAUCCAACCUUAGCAUUAGCAGAUAUCAAGUAGUGGGAAUGAGAGAAACAAUUGAAGUAAGGGAGUCCCUUCUUGGUCAUGAUUCCUCACCCCAAUUAGUCCAUAGAAAUCCUCCAUCUUCUCUAAUCCUGCGUUUAUACCUCGGCCAUUUUCUUGCAAGAUGGGGUGCAAGGAUGUGGGAAUUCUCAGUCGGUUUAUACAUGAUCAACAUCUGGCCGGAUUCUUUGCUGCUUACUGCUGUUUAUGGAGUUGUGGAAGCUUCAUCUACUGCAUUAUUUGGUCCCAUCAUUGGAAAAUUGGUGAAUAGGCUUACAUAUGUACAGGUCCUACGGUUGUGGUUGUUAACCCAAAAUCUAUCCUUUAUAGUGGCUGGAGUCACAGUGACUUGGUUAUUAAUCCACUCUGGAUUGAGAAUUUCAGGGUUUGCACUCUUUAUUUCACUUGUUGUGUUGACAAAUGCCUCCGGGGCAAUCGGUACUCUUUCCACUCUUGCGGGAACUAUCUUGGUUGAGAGAGAAUGGGUGAUAGUGAUUGCUAAUGGCGAACCUCCAGAAGUAUUAACGAACAUGAAUUCAGUUAUUAGACGUAUCGAUUUAAGCUGCAAACUGUUUGCCCCUGUCGCUUCUGGUGUCAUUAUCAGUUUUAUAUCGCUUGAGGCAUCUGCUGUGGCUUUAGCUCUAUGGAACGUCAUAUCUGUUUGGUUACAGUACUGGCUUCUAAAGUCAGUCUAUGAUGGAAUUCCAGCUCUAAGCGAAAACGAUGGAAAGAGAAAAGCAAGGUUUGAGCAAAAGAACCCGAUAGAAAUAAGUUCAUCUGUUUCAACGGAUACUGAGAUUUUGCUUUCUUACAAAGGAAGUAGUUCGGCACUGGAAGAACAUAGUUGGAAACAGAAAGUAAUAAAACGUCUAUCGAAAGUAGCUUUUUUUGAUGCUUGGAUAGUGUACUUGCAACAAGAUGUAGUGUUACCUGGAGUAGCUCUAUCCUUACUUUAUUUUAGCGUGCUCAGCUUUGGUAUGUUAAUGACAGCUACUCUGGAGUGGAAGGGCAUACCGGCUUAUGUUAUUGGCAUUGUGCGUGGAAUCAGUGCUACAGUUGGUAUUGCUGCAACUCUUUUGUACCCAAUCUUACAUUCACGUAUUUCAACUCUGCGAACAGGAUUAUGGUCUAUAUGGACUCAGUGGAGCUUUCUGGUACUAUGCGCUGCUUCUGUAUGGAUUCAAAACAACAAUAUCUCAGCGUGGAUGCUAAUGGGUGGAGUUUCUGCAUCACGACUUGGUUUAUGGAUGUUUGAUUUGUCUGUCAUGCAACAAAUGCAGGAUCAAGUUCCUGACUCGGAUCGUUGCAUCGUUGGAGGAGUACAAAAUUCUCUGCAGUCUAUACUGCAUCUCUUGUCAUAUGUUUCGGGUAUAAUCAUCUCAAACCCAGAGAAUUUUGGGAAGUUGACAAUCUUAUCGGUUUUAUCUACGAUGCUAGCUGCAUUACUCUACACCUUCCAUGUUUACCGUGUCAGGAAACACCUCUUCCACUUUAGAAAGUUAGCGUAAUGGUGAAAGUGGACAAGGCGAGC